UUUUAUCGUCAGUAAAUGUUCAAACCAUUUAGAGGAUUUCUGAAAGGAGACAAGACGCUGGGUCAAGCUUCUCUUAAGUUAUCACCGUUUGAUAAAAGAUGUGAAAUUCACGAAUAUCUUAAUCUUAUGGAUCCCGAGAAAGGUCGCAAGGUGAUUGGUGGAAAGAUUGAAGUCAAAUUACGUAUUCGUGAACCUCUGACAGAUAAAGAUGUUGAAAUCUUGACGCAAAAAUGGUUGGUCAUAGAUGCAUUUGUAGCACCAACAAAUAGAACAAUCAGUGUUUCGUCAACAAGUAAGACAAGAAGACCGUAAAGCGGAAGAUCUACCGGAGCGGAAGAAUUUCAACCCCUUGAGUUAUGUUUUCUCGGCUUGUACAAGCUUAUACAUCCCAUUUUCAGUAGCUAUGUAUGAACACGAAUCAGAUCUGAUUUUUUCACUAGAAGUAUCACUUCAUGUUUUUUAAAUGUCCAAGAUCAACAAAAGCGAUAGGAAACAUAUAAAGCUCAUGAAAGCAGAAAAUGAUCACAUCGUCAAUAUAUAUUUAAAGAAAUGUGGGGCAUACACUCUGCACAACUUCACGUUAAAUUUUUAACAAUGAAUACUAUCCAUAUAUUAUACAUAUCAAUGUAUCAAUCAGUUAAUGGCAAAAUGUUUUCUAUCUUCCUUUUUUCUUUGAAAGAUCUGCGUCUUUCUGUGUUAAUAAUUUACUAUUUUUAAACUCGGAUUGUUUCUAAAAUGAUUCAAAAAUGUUUUCUUUUUACAGCUUAAAAAUCCAGAAAAUGGCAGAAAA